AUGGGAAUCAACGACGAACGACUUCCUCCUGAGUUAGCAAAGAUGAUCAACAAAAGAGAUUCCGCCAAAAGGUCCAUGGAUUCAAUUAAAACAUUCAUAGACAAGUUUGACCCUGCUACCAAAUCUCUGAACCAACUUCAAACUAGACUGGACAGUCUAAUGCAAUACAUGUCCAAAUAUGAAGCCUGUCAAGACGAUAUUGAAAAUCAUACAGCAGUUACGGUUGAAAUGCUAGAUCACAGGACUUGUGUUGAUGAUUUUUUCUGUACGCUUAAGGCUGAAAUUUUAGAUUUAGUUGAGCGCUAUUCCAAGGCACCAUCCAACACCUCAAGUGCACCAUCGCAGCCUAUCAUUCGGGAUUCUAUGAAACUACCGUUCAUUCCUGCCCCUACCUUUGAUGGUGAUCUACAAAAUUGGGUUUCAUUCCUCGAUGCAUUUAAUGCUAUGUUUCACCACAACCAAGGAUUAUCUGAUGUACAGCGUUUACACUAUUUGAAAUCUUGUCUGGUCGGUCCUGCUGCUGAAGUAGUGCGUACCAUUCCUACGACUGAUGUAAAUUAUUCCACAGCCUACAAUGCUCUAGUUGAAAGAUAUGAGAACAAAUCGCUUAUUAUCCAGUCGCAUAUUCGUUCAUUAUUCCAAACGCCGCAAGUGCAUAAGCCUGCUGCAAAUGAGUUGCGGCAACUACAUCACCAUGUUGUAUCACAAGUCAAUGCUCUGAGGGCACUUGAUCAGCCGGUGGAGCAGUGGGACGCGUGGCUGGUAACCUUGUUGUGUUGCAGAUUAGACCCAACCACCGUCGGCGAAUGGCAACUAUUACAGUCAACCAAGAAUCUUCCCAAAUUUAGUGAUUUAGAAAAGUUCUUAUCAAAUCGUGUGUCUGCCUAUGAAGUUGGUGAAGCAGGCAACCAGUCAACCCAGCAUAAACAGUCGUCUAUUGGUACUCGUCCAAUCCAAAAAAGAGUUCUAUUUACCAAGCAAACUGAUAGUGCACCCUUUAAAGAUAGAAAAUGUUUGGUGUGUUCUGAGCAGCAUCGCUUAUCAAGUUGUGACAGAUUUAGUAAAAUGUCUCUGCCUGAGCGCCAAGAUACAGUUUUUAAGAACAGGCUAUGUUAUAAUUGUCUAUUUCCUGGUCAUCAAGUCCGUCAGUGCCGUGGUGGUAACUGCAAUAAAUGUGGAAAACGGCACAACACUAAACUACAUAACGAUGCACCAUUGAAUCUUCCUAACAUGGCGGAUGAGCCGUCAUCAUUGUCACAGGACCAGUCUAUUGUAACCUACGUCGAACAAAAUAACAAAUCCAAUGUUGCCAAGCAGAUAAUAUUAGCUACUGCCCUAGUUAAUUUAGAAAAUGCAGCUGGGAAUCAAGUUCAGUGUCGUGCAAUUCUAGACUCUGGUUCUCAAGUCUGCCUAAUAUCCAGAGAGUGUGCAUCCAAAUUAAAAAUAAAUGUUGUCAAUAACUCAAUAUCUAUAGCAGGCAUAGGGUCAAUCACUGCCAAGACGGGCACCAUGAUUAGUACUACAAUGUGUUCCAGAAUAAAUGAUUUUAAAGCAUUUAUUAACUUCCAUGUCAUCAAUUCUAUCACCAACAGAGUGCCCAGUCAGUGCAUCAACAUAGAACCAUUAAAUAUUCCACACACUAUUAGUAGUUGUUUAGCUGACCCUCAUUUUAGUGAACCAGCUUUGGUUGAUAUUCUACUUGGAGCAGAGAUAUUUUUUGAAUUAUUUACUGGAGAAAAAAUGAAGGUCAGUCAGCGUGUUACUCUUCACAACACUAGUCUCGGUUGGAUUUUCACCGGAUCAGUUCAAAUUGACACAAUGCUAUCACCUCCAACUAGUUUAUUUGUAAGUAAUUGCAAUCACUCAGCUAUAGCGUUGUUCACCCAGUCAAGCUCGAAUAAGUUCUCAUCUGAGAUCAAGGCCGAAGAUCACUUUAAAUGUAAUGUGUCUCGAGACGAUCUUGGGCGAUUUGUUGUAAAAUUACCAUUUGUUCGAGACCCAUCAGUAUUAGGCGAUUCAAGAUUCAUGGCUCAGCAACGAUUUUAUAAUCUUGAGCGCAAGCUGUCAAAAAACCCAACGCUGGCUUCAGAUUACAAAAUGUUUAUGAACGAAUAUCUUGAAUUGGGACACAUGGAGUUGGCUCAAAAAACUGAUGGUCCUACUUAUUACCUUCCGCAUCAUUCUGUGUUUAAAUCAAACAGUUUAACUACCAAAAUGCGCGUUGUUUUUGAUGGGUCUGCUGCCACUAAGUCCGGUCAGAGUCUCAAUGAUAUUUUAUUAUGUGGACCGAAUGUUCAACCUGAUCUAAUAUCUAUUAUUUUAAGAUUUCGUAUUCACAAGGUUGUUCUUACCGCUGACAUAGCCAAAAUGUACAGACAGAUACGGGUUUCGCCAGAUGAUUGUGACAUGCAACGAAUAUGUUAUAGGGAGAGCCCUGCUGAUCCAUUGAAGGACUAUAGGCUACUAACAGUAACUUACGGUACUAGAGCCGCUUCUUUCUUGGCCACCAGGUGUUUGCUUGAGCUGAGUUACAGUGUCACCAAUCAUGCAACACAGCGUGCUAUCCAACAAGACUUCUAUGUUGAUGAUUUGCUGAGUGGUGGUCAGGAUGAAGCUGAGUGUUAUGAAUUAUUUCAAGAUCUAUCAAACGAGCUCAACAAAGCCAAUCUACCUCUUCGAAAAUGGUGUUCUAAUUCAAAAUUAGUAAUGUCAAAGAUUUCCAUUCCUGAAAGUGAUCCUACUUACCUGCUGCCAAUUAAUGAUGAAGAUACUGUUAGCACGCUAGGUCUCACUUGGCAGCCAAGUAAUGAUUCUUUUAAGUUUGUCUUUAAGGAUUUGUCAAGGCCGUUGCACAUGACUAAAAGGACAUUACUCUCUAACAUAAAUAGUGUAUAUGAUCCGGUGGGAUUUCUAACACCAGCCUUGAUUCGAGGUAAGAUAUUCAUGCAACAAUUGUGGUCUUCAAAGUUAAACUGGGACACACCACUAUCCCCUGAUCUGCAAACCAAAUGGACAAAUUUCUAUCAGAGUCUCCAGUCUCUUGAACAACUAUCAAUUCCACGUCGAGUUCCGUUUGAUAAUGUUACAUCAGUGCAAUUGCAUGACUUUUGUGACGCGUCACAAAAUGCCUUUGGUGCCUGUAUUUACUUCCGUUCACUAAUUACAUCUCAGUGUCAUCUAUAUUGUUCCAAAUCAAGAGUAGCUCCAUUAAAGCCUACUACCAUUCCACGGUUGGAGUUCUGCGGGGCACUUCUAUUGGCGGAGCUGAUCAACAUGGUUACAAGGGAACUGGAACGUAUCAAAAUAUACUGUGACCCUGCUAAUGUAAUAUUAUGGUCAGAUUCAUCCAUUGUAAUUUCCUGGAUUAAUACUGACAAACCGCUCAAGUCUUAUGUCUCCAACAGAGUAGCACAGAUAUUAGACUUAACCCAGCCUUCUCAAUGGCAUCAUGUACCAACUACAAGUAACCCUGCAGAUGUAAUUACAAGAGGUUGCUCCGCUGAAUCACUGUUGUCAAAUGAACUCUGGUGGAAUGGUCCUAAAUGGUUGGCCCAUUCCGAAGAUUUGUGGCCAUCCAAUAAUGCCACCCUUACAGAGCUACCUGAAGUCAAAAACAUGCGUCCCGUCCUGCUAGGAAUUCAACCACUAGAGUGCCAAUUCGAGGAGAGGUACUCUUCUUGGUCCAGAAUGAACCGUAUUGCUGCAUAUGUUCUAAGGUUUUGUCACAAUGCUCGUAUCAAAAUUAUUCCUGAACGGCGAUUGAAUUCACUAAGUGUAAUUGAAUUAACCUAUGCUGCUAUGGUAUUAAUUCGAAAAGCACAAUCCACUUCAUUCGUGUCAGAGAUUGUUGAACUCAAGGCCGGUAGGCAUGUUGGACGUCGUAGUGCACUGCGUGCUUUAAACCCAUUUAUGGAUGAAGAUGGUCUAGUGCGUGUAGGAGGCCGCCUCAUUAAUGCUGAUAUUGCCUACACUAGCAAAUGUCCAAUUGUGUUACCAGCUAAGUGUGCAGUAACACGAUUGAUAUUUGAGUAUGAACACAAACGUUUAAUUCACAUUGGCCCUCAAGGAUUAUUGGCUAACAUUCACCUUCGGUACUGGCCAAUUCGUGGUCGAAUUAUUGCUAAUCAAACUGUCAGGCGCUGUAUAAUUUGCUUUCGCUCCAGCCCAUCUCUAACUGUUCCAUUCAUGGCACCUCUUCCACGUGAAAGAGUCAAUAUUGAACGUCCCUUCGCCAAGACUGGAGUUGAUUUUUGUGGACCGAUUCUAAUUCGUAGUGGCAUACGUAAAGUGGUCAGCAUUAAAUGCUAUAUUGCUGUGUUCGUUUGUUUUGUGACUCGCGCUAUCCACCUGGAAUUGGUCAGUGGACUUACCACCGAGGCGUUCCUAGCAUCCCUUAUGCGAUUUUUGUCCCGUCGAGGCUAUUGUAGUCAUAUCUAUAGUGAUAACGGCACGAACUUCGUGGGAGCCAACAAGAUUUUGCACUCAUACUUCCAACAAGUUAAGGGACAACGCACAAUCGAAGAGUCACUUUCGGAUCUCAAAAUUCAAUGGCACUUCAUACCCCCUUCCGCACCCCACUUUGGUGGUCUGUGGGAGGCGGCUGUGAAGUCAGCAAAAAAGCAUUUAUUAAAGAUAAACACAAUGGGUCUUCUAACGUUCGAAGAGAUGAAUACCUUACUCUGCCGUGUAGAGGCCGUAUUAAACUCUCGCCCAAUAUCCCCAGUUUCCGAUGAUCCAUCCGAUUUGAACGCAUUGACCCCAGGCCAUUUCUUAGUUGGAGGAAGCUUAACACUACCAGCUGAACCUGACAGCACAGGGAUACCAUUAAAUAGAAUCAAAAGAUGGGGUCUGGUUAAUGUACAAGCCCAAACGUUUUGGAAGAGGUGGAGCACAGAAUAUCUGCCCCAACUUCAUAAAAGAGGUUGCUGGUUGUCUAAAAAGGAUAACGUUAAAGUUGGUUCACUAGCUAUUCUAAGGGAAGAUAAUAUGCCUUCGAUGAAAUGGAAGAUGGUCAGAAUCACCAAGGUCCAUCCAGGAAUUGAUGGAAUUGUUCGUGUGGUCACUGUUGUUAAUUCAGUUGGAAGGGAGUUUCAACGUCCAACAUCAAAAAUUGCAAUCUUGCCAAGUAUUAAGGAGGAAGAGGAUGCAGCCUAA